CGCGCACGCGCGCACACGCCGUCUGAUAACAGCAGCGCGUGUGCUGACUUGCGCUCGAGAGCCCCACCCCUCACAAACAUCUACUACCUAAAGCAGGAAGCAAAACACACACACACACACAUACAAACGCGCGCGAGCAUAAGCACACGAACGCGCCCGCACGGAGGGAGCAGCAGCGGCAGUCCGCGCGCACACGUUGCUGUUGGCAGCAUGGGACAGCACCUGGGGAAACGGGAGCCUUUACCUGAGACCAAGGCUCUGUCGGACUCACGACCCACCACGGAAGCCGAGCCACAGGACGACGUUUUCGGACUGAACGAGCCAGAUGUCAACCAGAACAAAGAGUGCUCCGGCAAGAGCGCCGGGACCACCUCCUCCCCGACUCCGGAGCAGGCCAAUCAGUCGGACCCCGGAGCGGCGGGGCUACGCCCACACUUGGUCCGCCUCUUCUCCCGAGAUGCCCCGGGCCGAGAGGACAACACCUUCAAAGAGCGGCCUUCGGAGUCGGACGAGCUGCACACCAUACCGGAGGCUGGAGCCGAACUGGACGACCUGUUGGAGAACGAGGACGAGGACGCCGAGAAGACCAGCUAACCUCCCGCCGCCGCCGCCACCCGCCGAGAGACGCCGCCUCCGAACCCUCUCCAGAACACCUCGCUAACGCGCAGCACCGACGACC